AGGAGGGCCUUCAGAAGAGCUCUGCCCGUGGCGUCACCGCGGCAUUGCCUUUAUAUCUCUUCUGCUUUGUCUCAUUACUGCGAGCCAUCACAGACACGCUCGUCGCUGUCCGACACGGUGUUGCCGCUUUCCCCGCCACCUGAAGCAUACCGGUGACCGUGCUUCGACUCCCACCGGUACUCCUAUAGACGCGUCCACGACAAAGAUCCUUUCUUCCCAGCCGACCUGCACCCCGAGCAAUACCUCAAAUUCAGGAAGAUUGCAACACAAGCAUAUUUUUAUCACUAUCACGACUCCUUCACGAAGCCUCACGACUCUAGAUCUGAUAUUUAACGAAUAAUGGUCGAGCAGAAGCCACGCCCAUUGGAGCCAUACCCGAUGCCGAACAGCAAUCCUGCCAGCCAGUAUACCCUUCUGGAGAAGCUGGGGACGGGGAGCUUUGGGACGGUGUACAAGGCGAUACAUAAUGAGACGAAACAAAUCGUUGCUAUCAAGCAGAUUGAUCUGGAGGACUCGGACGAUGACAUCUCGGAAAUUCAGCAAGAGAUCGCUAACCUUGCACAAUGCGACUCCGAAUACGUCACUAAAUAUUAUGGCUCCUUCGUCGUCGCUUACAAGCUAUGGAUUGUAAUGGAAUACCUAGCCGGCGGCUCCUGUCUAGAUCUCUUGAAGCCUGGUGUCUUCUCCGAGGCUCACAUCGCUGUCAUCUGCCGCGAGCUACUUCUGGGUCUUGACUAUCUGCAUAGUGAGGGCACAAUCCAUCGCGACAUCAAAGCAGCCAAUGUCCUACUCUCAGCAUCUGGGAAAGUGAAGUUGGCUGAUUUCGGUGUCGCCGCCCAGCUCACCAGCACGCUACGGCAUACCUUUGUCGGUACACCAUUCUGGAUGGCGCCGGAAGUAAUCAGGCAGGCCGGUUACGAUGCGAAAGCGGAUAUAUGGAGUCUAGGCAUCACUGCGAUCGAGAUGGCGAAGGGAGAGCCUCCCCUGGCAGAGUACCAUCCUAUGCGAGUGCUGUUCCUUAUUCCCAAGGCAAAGCCACCAGUAUUAGAGGGACCGUUUUCGCUCGCCUUCAAAGACUUUGUUUCACAAUGUUUAACGAAGGAUCCUAAUGCCCGCCCAUCCACGAAAGAGCUGCUACAGCACCGGUUCAUCCGAAGCGCUCGCAAAACCUCUUACCUCACGGAGCUCAUCGAGCGCUAUCAGGACUGGCGAGCCCGCUCACCGCACCGUCACCAGGCAUACCAACCGUCAGUACGGAAUAGUGUUGCUUCUUGGGAGGGGUCCAUGCGGAGCGACUGGAAUUUCGAUACCAUCAAAACCGCUUCGGCUAUGGGCACCUUCCGUGGUAUGGCCAAGGAUAUCAUGCCACCUGGUAUGGUCGCCGAUGAGGACGAGUACUCGGAGAAUGGAUCUACGUACGAAGAGGAGACAAGACCGUCUAUCGAUACCUCGCUUGCCACGAAAGGGAGCGAAACCACCGGGAUCGGUAUGAACCUGCAAGCAGCACAUUCCACGAUGGUGAUCAAACCUCCGCCCGAUGCCAUGCCAAUUCCGGAUUUAGCUGCAGGUGAUAGUUCGUCUGCCGAGACGGACGGCGCACCCUCGACUCCGCCCCAGGCGCAGUCAGAAGAUAUCCCUCCUCCAGCUUACACUAGCUCAGGUUCCACGCGGAGUCCGAGACGGGCGUCCUAUGCUGCUCGGAGCAGCACGAAUGGUCCAGGCGCGGUGUUGAGCGAUGCGGAUCUGGGUAGUGGGAUUGACACGAUUCGGCCCGUGAAGAAGGUAGAUACUGCUGGCAGCCUGAAGUUGUCGGCGGAGUUUGUGGGCAGUCUUCGUGCCAGGGAAGGAAGCACGAGCAGCCUGAACAGCCCGCAGAGCCCGACGAAGAGCACGCAUCAGAGGGCGGCCAGUGAGGCUGCAAAGGCGGGCAAGAACAUGGUGGAUGAGGUCGUUUUGCCUAUUUUGCAGAAUUCAAUACGGGACGAUAUGGAUGCCCGCGAGAUCGAGUCUCUGAGCAUGAUUUCGAGAGGAUUCAGCGAGCUCAGGGAGGCUAAUCCAGAGCUUGCAUAUAACGUUAUUCUGGAUGUGCUGUCUGGCAUCAACGACAACGCUUCUGUGCGACGACAUAUUCAGACAACUCGCAGCCUCUUCCCGCACAAACGCAUCAUCCGUAAGAGUGAAAUGACCAGCAAAGGUCUCGUCGUGACGGAGGAGGAGGAAGUCAACGGGCUUCCUGGAGAUGCUUCAUCGAGCUCCGGUCACUCCGGCUCAGGGUAUUCGCAUGCGCCAUCAGUGUCGUCUCGUAAGAGCGAUGAACCCUCGUCACCGGUGCGCAAGUCGCCCAUCGCGGAGCUGCUGUACAUGCGAUGGUUAGAGGGCUUAAAGAUUAAAUGGCCCAGUAUGAUGGGUGGCAGCAGUUGAAUGUUGCCGCUCGAUGGAGGGAUGGGUCCCUAGCAUUCCUCCCGGUGGCCUGUUCCGCCCUGCGAUACUGACCCAGGAGAUUCAUGCGAACCGUCUCCCUCACGCUGUCAUCGCCCACAUAUGUCGUCCCUCCCCGGUCUCUCACUUUACGGUUUGUCUUCCAGGACUUUGCCCAGGUACAAUUUUUAUUUAUUGUUCAGCUCUUCGCAUCGUGUUCGCUUUCUUGCUUGCUUGCAUUCCCUGCCUAAUCACGCCGUCUUUGCGCCUUUCCUCGUCUCCCUUGUCCCGCCGUCGGUAUGUUCUUCCGCGAUGGCACUCCUUCAUGGUUACUGGUAUGUUUCUUGCACGUUACGCCUUGCAUCUUCACGUCACGUCGAUUGUUAAUUUCAUGACCCAUUUAUGACUACGACUAUCUCGAGCUCAAGUAGUGUCCUUUCGAGAACGAAUGAUUAGUUCUUGUAAUAUACAUGAUGAUCAAGUCUGAGCGGGGUCAUGUUCUGUGUACCAUUUCAUGAAUAGGC